UCGGACGCCAAAGAGGUUAGAAAUUUUGACAUCUUUAUAUUAUUUACUUGGUGAAAAUGUUUAUUGAAAAUAACCUCAUCUUCCUUAAUGCUCUUGAAUUGGAAGGACAAAAUUAAUCUUUGAAUCAAAUCUUUAUCUACUGGAAUAAAAUAAUUACGUAGCCGGUUCAAUUAAAUUAAUAUAGUGAAAAAGGUGGACUGAAGUUUAAAUAUGGAAGGAAAAGAGUCAACACAAGACUUAUUGAAUGCAGAAGCUAAUAAAUCUCCCAAAAAUGGUAAAACAACCGAAGAAAAAAUAAUUGAAAAUGGAAUUGACAAUAAAAGACAAGGUGAAAAUGAAGACAUAGAACAAAUAAAGUUUGCUGCUCCUGAAAUUUGGCCAGAAAAAAAUCUGAAACCGAAGAAGAAGAAAUUUAGGCUAGGUUCCAUUAUAAAUAUGCAAGUUUUCUGUUCUUCCAUUAGUAAAGUGUGCCUUGUACUCUUAGGAUAUCUUAUAUCUUGUGUGAGCGGGGCCUUAAUACUUCUUCCCUUGACUGUGGCUACUUUAAUAUGGUAUGAAACUAAAACAAAAAAGAAAACAAACAAGAUUAAAGCCAAAACUAAGGCUAUCUCGAGUACCAAAGAACAGCUUCUUGAAAAAAUGCAGGAACUUCCUUCAUGGGUUUUAUUUCCUGAUAGAGAAAGAGCAGAAUGGGUCAAUGAUAUUGUACUCCAGUUAUGGCCUAAUAUAAACUGUUUUUUGAUUAAAUUUGUCAGAAGCAAGCUCGAAAGCAAAAUAAGAAAAAAGUAUGACACUUUUAAAUUCGAAGAAAUAUGUUUUGGUAGUAUGCCACCAAAAAUUGAUGGUGUCAAAGUAUACAGUCGAAGCACUACUAGGGAUUCAAUAUUGAUUGAUUUUGAUAUAUUUUAUGAUGGAGACUGUGAUAUAAACUUCUCGAUAUCUGGCCACCAAGUAGGUAGGUUGAAAAAUUUUCAACUUAGUGUUGAUGUCAGGGUGGUUUUGAAACCGCUAAUGUUGAAAUCUCCAAUUGUUGGUGGAGUUCAAGUAUUUUUUCUGAACACUCCCGAGAUCGAUUUUGAAUUGGAUGGACUUAGUGGUAUUCCCGGACUAAGUCAUGUUCUGAGAAAACAGAUUGAAGAAAAACUUAAAAAGAAGAUUGUUUUUCCUAAUAAAAUUACGAAAAGAUUCACAAAGAAUGUUGAAGCGACUGAAUUGAAAUCUUUAGAACCAGAGGGGGUAUUACGGAUACAUAUAGCAGAGGCUAAGGAUUUGGAAAGAAGAGAUGUUACUGGCAAGUCGGAUCCCUAUGCUGUUAUUACUGUGGGGGCUCAGGAGUAUAAAACACAAGUGAUAAAUAGGUCUUUGAAUCCAAAAUGGGACGAGUGGUGCGAAUUUGUUAUAUUGGAUCCAACAGCUCAGCAAGUGAGAUUUAAACUUUUCGAUCAGGAUGAUCUUAACGAGGAUGACUUUUUGGGCAGUGGUGUUGUUGAUAUCAAGAGCGUUUAUGAUGGAACCAUCGACCAUUGGAUUGUUUUAGAUGGUGUAAAACAUGGUAAAAUUCAUUUGAGGUUCACUUGGAUGUCUCUCACUUCAGAUUAUUCUUCCUUGGAUAAGGCAUUACAUGAAGUCAAGUUGUUGAAAGUGGCUGUUUCUUCUGCUCUAUUAACAGUUUACAUUGAUUCUAUAAGAAAUCUCUCUAAAAUCAAAUCUUUCAAAAAACCAGAUCCGUACCUCCUCAUGCAGAUUGGGACUGAUCUCCCUCAGAAAAGCAAAGUAAAGAAACAUACUACUGAUCCGAUUUUUGAGCAAGGAUUCUCCUUCUUGGUUAAGAAUCCAGAUAGUGAUAUCUUUUACAUAAGCAUCAUGGAUAAACACAGCAGUUUGAAGAUUGAUUUCUUUGAAUAUGAAAUAAAAAAAUUGGUUCAAGAGAAUGAACUUGAGUUCAGUAUGAAAGAAUUUCCCCUCAAGAGUGGAGGACAUGAUUGUGUUAUAAUAAUAUCGAUGCAGUUGAGGGUACUCACCAAUGAAACAUUUUCUAAUGAUGACGAUUCUAGUGAAUCAGUUUCUGACUAUGAUUUGUCAAGGAAUGAAUCUGUGAAGUCGCAUGUCUCAGCCGAUCGUCCUGCUGUACCAGAAACACCUAUAGAAAUGGAGCCACCUAUAUUUCCUAAUGAAGUGCCACUUACUAGCUCCUCUCCUCUGAAAAGUCCAAGAUUGAAGAGGUUCAAUCUUUUAAAUACUAAAUCAUUGAGUACCGAAUCUCAUCAUUCGCAUCAUAGUGCUAACGGAGAUUUGGGUCGUAUACAUGUUGGAUUACAUUACAGUGAUCGCAGACAAAAAUUGAUGGUUAAUAUAAUCAGUAUUGCGAAUUUGCCAGUGAAAGAUCCCAAGGACAUUCCAGAUCCCUAUGUGAAACUGAAACUUUACUCCGUUUCUAGCACAUUGAGGCAUAAAACAAAGACUGUUAUGGAUGAUCCGAAUGCGGAAUUCAAGGAAACAUUCGAAUACCUUCUAUCUCCAUCAGAAUUAGCAGAACAAACAUUAUUAUUGACUGUGAAAACAAAGAAAAAAUUAUUUUCUAAUAAUAUGCUGGGUCAGGUGCUUAUUAGUUUGAAGGAUUUGGACUUGAACGAACAUCUUAAUAAGUGGUAUGACAUAGGACAAGAAAUGUAUCCAGAAUAGAUUGAGUUUUAAUCCAGUACAUAAAGAAACUUAAAAUUUCCAGAUUUUUUCCAAAUACCAUAAUUGUACAAUUUGAAUACUCAAAUGUGAAUUUUAAUAACUUGGGAAAAUAGUAAAUAAUUGGUAUAUUUUGGUUAUAUACAGCUUUUUAAUGCUAUUAUGAGAGGCUUUGAUAUAAUGACAGACUUAAAUAAGGUAUAAACUGAUGUUUUGAACUCAUUCUGAAAUUUUGUCAAUUACUAAUUACUAGAUUAUUUCAGUAUUAGGAAAUUAUUCUUUCAAUGAUAGUAAUGAUAAAGAAUUGAUAUUUUUGUAUAUAUUCUUAUACAUCUGCAGAUUCUAUCUACUAUUUAGUUCUAAUAUGGUAUGCAAAUCUGUUCUCAAAAAUACAGCAUAACAAAUCAAAACUGAUGAAAAACCUAAAUGAUUUUUCAUAUGUUUGCAAUUCUAAAAUGCAAGUUUGAGAAAUAAAUCCUUCCUAGUAGUCCUAACUAGUUGUAAUUGUUGAAAAAUUAUUUUUUCUGUUGUUUACCGUCCAUGAGGUGCAAGUACAUACAUCUUUUAUUUUUUUAUUGCUAUUGAUUUUUUUAGAGUUUACUUUUUAUAGAACAUAAUAUAUUUUAUAAUAUGUCUAAUAUCUGAGUAUAAAUCUUGGAUUAAUGUAUCUUAUAUAGGAAUUUCACUUAUGAAAGAUGUUGAUGAAAAUAAAUGUUUAAACAAUA